ACAGCGAUUGUGCUGGCCUCUGGAAUCAGUAGAGAAACGUGCUCAAGCAUACCGAAGCCGCUGUUUUAGUUGAAAGUAGGCACGUGUUGCAGCGAAGAAUGCGCGCCUUCUUUUUUGCAGAACGCUCCGACGUCACGUGUGACACCUCGUUAGUUGCCAGUCGUGUGGACCGCUAUUACAAGCAGAUGACAAAAAGUCACACAGUUAAAUCACGGAGCCGCUAGUAACAGCCGAUUCUUGAAUUCCUGUGUGUUCAUCAGUGACGCAUGCAAUCUGCACCUUGAGCUCGUGUCGAGACAGUGAAAGAUCUAAGCUAGCCAAGUGCAAGUCAAGCCCUCGCGAGUUACAGGUGUGAUCUGCCCUGCUGACAUCCGGCGGCUUAUAUACGAGCGUUUACGCGACGACACUCACCCAGGCCGGGAGCUAUGGAAUUUGAGCGAGUGCUGCAGGAAAUCGGUGGCUUCGGACUGUUCAGCAGGACUAUCAUCGCCGCUGCAGUAGUGCUUGGCACGUGGCACGCGGCGAUAUGUUAUUUGGGUCACGUGCUCGUCCUUGUUGCGCCGCCUAGCCAGUGGUGUUUCGGCAAGGGUGUGAUGGUCAGUGGCGAAGUGCUGGACAUGACGUCGCUGCCCAGAGGACGCUGCCAGUUCGUAGACGAAAUGUCGGACGCCGUCGAGAGCGGCAACUAUGCUAACUUCACGACUCGUCACUACACCGGCGCCACCUGUCCGACGGGGUGGAGAUACGACAAUGCAGAGUUCUUCACGUCCAUCACGAUGGAGAACGAGUGGAUAUGUGGUGACAACUGGAAGAUGUACGCCACUCACACCGCCUAUUGGAUAGGCUCAAUGGUGGGAUGCCUCAUCUCCGGAUUUCUGGCAGACAGGCUGGGAAGGAAGAAGACCAUCCUGAUACUUCUUGCCCUAGGUGGGAGCGGCAACGCAUUCAGCGCCCUGUUUUCCAGCUUCGUGGGCUUUACGAUUCUUCGUUUCAUUACUGGUCUUGGGGCCGGCACCGUUUGCAGCGCGACAUUCGUCAUAGCGAUCGAGUUCACGGUGUCCCACCGAAGGUCCCUGAUUACGCUGAUCUUCGCCAUGAGUUGGUCGUGCCUAUCAGCCGCGCUUCCCUGGUACGGUUAUCUGGUGCAGAGCUGGAGGACCCUGCUUCUAUCCGCCACGGUCAUCGACUUCUUGCUCGCAGCACUUGUCUGCUUCUGGGUACCAGAAUCCCCCAGGUGGCUUCUAUCUGUUGGCCGCAAGGAGGAAGCGCUGGCCUCCCUGGAGCGGAUUUCUCGCAUUAACGGAAAGAAACUAUCCAGGGAAACCCUCAACAAACUGCUGCUCCAACAAGGAGCAAGCGAAGAGAACGACGAGGAACUCAUGCCGUCGGGGAAACUGCCAAGCUUCUUUCAGACGACGCUGCUGCUCGUGAAAUCACCCAGAAUCCGGCGACUCACAAUAUUUAUUUAUUUUGCAUGGUUCGUGAUUACGCUGUGCUACAAUGUGAUCACGCUGCAGCUCGGCAGACUCGACCUGAACAUAUACUCGACUUACGCCAUUGCCAUCGCUUUCGAGCUGCCCGUGAACGUCCUCAGUCUCGUGCUCAUGGAUUCGGUGGGUCGUCGAUGGUCCAACACCGGCUUCCUGUUCCUCUCGGCCGUCGCCUGUUUCCUCCUGGGCCUUCUGCGUCCAGAGUCCAGCACGUGGACGCUGAUCCUAGCCGUGGCCGCCAUCAUGUCGAUGGCUGGCGCGUACAACAUCACCAACCAGCUGGCGCCAGAGGCGUUUCCCACUGUGAUACGGGGCAGGGCGGUGCUUCUUCAAAAGCUCAUCGGAGACGUCGGUGGACUCACGAGCAUUCAAGUGGCCUCGCUGGUGGAGCGUGACACGUACACGCCUGUGCUGGUGAUGGGAGCGCUGUCCCUGGCUGCCACUGUGGUGGUGUUUUUCCUCCCGGAAACCCUGGAGCAGGCGCUACCGCAGAGCAUAGAAGACGGCGAGAACUUUGGAAAGGACCAAACGCUCUGCUUCUGCCCUGUAUCACUGGCCAGGCGUGCGAGGAAAAAUCGGUUGCUAGCGAAGCAGGCAAGGAUAAAGGCACGGAUUUCCAGGGAAGACGAGCUGGGAACAGCAGCUACUCCUCUGACCGAGGACUCGUCAGUUUAACGUAUAAACGACGGAUAUACCAUUUUAGUGGCUCUCUAUACAAGCUGCCAUGUUCACACACAUCUGACUAGCUAGCCUUUCUACGGACAGCUGGGAAUUCUCCGGUUGACUCACCACUAGCGCGCCAAGAUUCAUGUAUGCGGAAGAACACGACGGCUCAAGCAUUUCGCUAUCAUAAACAAGCCUCCGUCAACAAAUCAGAGCCAAACCAACGAGAACUUAUUGGAUAGAACCUUCUGAAGUGAAAUAAGCAAGUAAUCGUUGGAGUAAUAAUAAUAAAGAAAAUGCUUUACGUCGCAGUUGGUGCCGGACUAAUAUUUACACGGUGAACAACAACGCGACCAAGAUAACAGGCAGGGCACCAGCACGACACGCAACUGACGUGCUGCCAUGACGUUCGUCCGACAGCCGCGUGAUAUGACCCUACUCAUCGCGCGUGCUAUAUUGAUCACGUGGCCCUGUGCGCAGCGUAAUUAGUCAAGUCAUGAAUUUAUUUUUACGAGUGCUCGCGCAUUUCUCGGAGGGCGCCGCCUUAAUUGCGUGGAAGGGUGCACAUUAUCAUUCGGUUUGACAAGUUGUCGUAGGACAAACUGAUCCUGAGGACGAUCACAGGUGGGCAGAAGAGGAAGGUGUGUGACCAAGGGGUGGGCACGCUUUGGUAUAGGAUGUAUAGAAAACCAAGACAGUGGAUUAGCCAGGCAGAGUCUAUCAACAAAUGCGCUCUCAGCGAAGAUCCUGGGAGCUUAAUUUACUAGUUCUGGAAGCAAUAUUGGCUGACAUUUUACUUCCAAAAAGUUGCGUGUUUGGUGCGAAUCAAGCUAUUACUUAGUUGGAAAGACUUUUACACUUGCCCUCAUGUACCUUUUUAAAGGAAAAAUGUCGCAGUUUCGCCCGAAAGGCGAAGCAUCAAUUGCGAUAGCAAAUUAGUAGAGAGCUAUUCGGAGUAGGGAUAGUAGUUUUAUCGGCUGCAUAAACUUGAACACAUUCGCUUACUAACUGAGUUAACAAGCGUGGUGUCAGCGCGCACAAGCAAACAUGAAUAGAUCACACUCAAUGACCGCAGACAACGACUGUCAAAACCCUGGCAGCGUCGCAGCGGGCGAAGGUUCGUGCGGUCUAUCGCUUCAACGGAAACUGAGCGGCGAAUGCACAGCGCAUACAAAGGUCAGAGCCGUGUGGAGAUAACAGACGGUGCGGGCGACCGCCACAGCCGCGGGCAGAGUACGAGCGCAGUUGGCAGAGUAGAAGCUGCGCCCCCCUCUCUCCCGCACUGCCUUCUCGCUUUCUUGCUUUCGCGUGGGAGAUUGAGUGGAAAGUUCCCCUUACGCCCAGUUGCAAGAUACGCCUUUGGUGCCGGAGCACA